AACGGUCAGCUCGCCGAGUCUGGCCAUUUGAUUGGCCGAUAGAGACGUCCAUCAGGGGAUUAUCCGGGUCGGGGUAGGUUGAUUACGGUCUGCAUCGCUGAGAUGAGCGGGGCAGUGGAGAAAGUAGUGCAUUUAAAACCGCCCAGGGAAGACACCGCAUUUACGAGCCUCUAGUUUUGGUUUUUUUUUUAAUUUGCAGACUCCCUCCCUCCCUCCUCGCCCCUGGUUGACUCUGUCUGGUCCAGAAUGACUUGAUCGAGAGGAACGCAGCACCGGUUUACCUGAGCAAGUGGACACUUUUUUUCUCUGCACCCCGCCAAACAUGCUCUGACUUUUAUUUUAUUUAAUUGGAUGCCGUGUUGGACUGCUGCUGUUGGUGGACUCAUGCUCGUGUCAACUUGAGUGUUUAUCUUAAAAAACUGAAAAGCAAGGUUAUGCAGGGAGGCAUUGCUCUCGCAUACAUCUCCGCCCUGUUGUUUACAUGUUGUAAUUGGAUUUUCCAUCAUUUCCAGCAGUAGCAGCAGCAGUAGUAGUAGUAACUCAGGUUUUCUCCCUCCUCCUCCUCUUGUUCCUCCUUCUCCCGCUCGGAGCUUUUUUUUGCCGGGUCGUCCGGGUUGUGUCAAAGGGAGAAGAUGGGACUACCUGCCCUGGAGUUCAGUGACUGCUACCUGGACAGCCCGCAGUUCAGGGAGAGACUCAAGUCCCACGAAAUGGAGCUGGACAAGACCAACAAGUUCAUCAAGGAGCUGAUUAAAGACGGCAAAGCGCUCAUCCAGGCGUUGAAAUGUCUGUCAACAGCCAAGAGGAAGUUUGCUGACUCUCUCAACGAGUUUAAAUUCCAGUGUAUUGGCGAUGCCGAGACGGAUGAUGAGAUAUGCAUAGCCAAGUCUCUUCAGGAGUUUGCAGCGGUCCUACAAAACCUGGAAGAUGAGAGGACACGGAUGAUCGAGAACGCCAAUGAUGUGCUGAUUAUGCCUCUGGAGCGGUUCAGGAAAGAACAGAUCAGUGCAGCCAAGGAAGCCAAGAAAAAAUAUGACAAAGAGACGGAGAAGUAUUGUGCAGUGCUGGAAAAGCACCUUAGCCUGUCAGCAAGGAAAAAAGAGUCUCAUCUACAUGAAGCGGACAACCAGGUAGACAACGUACGGCAGCAUUUCUACGAGGUUUCUCUGGAGUACGUCUUCAAGGUGCAGGAGGUCCAAGAGAGGAAGAUGUUUGACUUUGUGGAGCCUCUGCUGGCGUUUCUCCAAGGCCUUUUCACCUAUUAUCACCACGGCUAUGAGCUGGCAAAGGACUUUAAUCACUUCAAGACUGAUCUCACCAUCAGCAUACAGAAUACGAGGAAUCGUUUUGAGAGCACGCGGUCGGAGGUGGAGAGUCUGAUGAAGAAGAUGAAGGAGAAUCCGCACGAUCACAAGAGCGUCAGUCAGCACACCAUGGAGGGAUACCUGUUUGUACAGGAGAAGCGCUCAUUUGUAUCUACCUGGGUGAAGUACUACUGUACAUACCAUCGUGAGCCCAAGAGGGUGACCAUGGUACUGUUUGACCCUAAGUCAGGAGGGAAAAUGGGAGAUGAGGAGAGCUUCAUCCUCAAGUCCUGCACCAGGAGGAAGACAGACUCAAUAGAAAAGAGGUUCUGUUUUGAUGUGGAGGCUGUAGACAGGCCGGGAGUGAUCACCAUGCAGGCUCUGUCAGAAGAAGACCGCAGGUUGUGGAUGGAGGCCAUGGAUGGGAGAGAACCGGUGUACAAUCUGAACAAAGACAACCAGGCUGAAGGCCUGGCCCAGCUGGAUGUCAUUGGGUUCAAUGUGAUGAAAAAAUUCAUCUAUGCAGUGGAGACUCGAGGUAUCGAUGAGCAGGGCUUGUACCGAAUCGUUGGCGUCAACUCCAGAGUACAAAAACUACUGAGCCUGGCUAUGGAUCCUAAGACAUGUGCUGACGUGGAGCUAGAAAACCCAGAGUGGGAGAUUAAGACUAUCACGAGUGCUAUCAAGCACUAUCUCAGAGUGCUGCCCGCACCUCUCAUGACAUACCAGUACCAGAGGAGCUUCAUCAAAGCUGCCAAAUUGGACAACCCAGAGGCCAGGGUGACAGAGAUCCAUGCUCUGGUGCACCGACUUCCUGAGAAGAACAGACAAAUGCUGGAGCUGCUGAUGAAACACCUGGCCAAUGUGGCCAGUCACCACCAGCAGAACCUCAUGACCAUCGCUAAUCUGGGUGUGGUCUUCGGGCCGACUCUGCUCCGCCCCCAGGAGGAGACGGUGGCAGCCAUCAUGGACAUCAAGUUCCAGAACAUUGUUGUGGAGAUCCUCAUAGAGCACCACGAAAGGAUAUUCAGGGCCGUACCGAGUUCUGCCGGAGGUUCGACCAACCUGCAGCUCAACCUGUCCAGGAGAAAAAGCACUGAGAGCAAAGCCCCGUCCUGCAGCGAGAGGCCUCUCACACUCUUCCACACACCAACACAUUCCCAGAAAGGUGAAAAGAGGAACAGCGUGGUCAAUGCAACAGUCGGCGAACUACAGCAGCCGGUUUCUUCUUCUGCCAACUGUAACAGCAGCAGCAGUAGCAGCAGCAGCAGCCAAGGUCGAACCCCGAGACACAGCCUGACCAGCAACGAUGGGGAGCAGGACACCCGGCAGAUCCGACCCAGCUCAUUGCUCAAUCCAAAGAAUCGUAGCAGCAUACCAACGAGUGCAACAUCUCCCAGCCCCACCUCACCACGCUCUCCCUCAUGGCCAAUGUUCUCAGCCCCGUCGAGUCCUCAGCCGACGUCUUCCGCCUCCAGUGACUCCUCCCCUAUCAGUAUUGCGGGCAGGAAGGCUCGAGCGCUGUAUGCCUGCAAGGCAGAGCAUGACUCGGAGCUGUCCUUCAUCGCUGGAACCAUCUUCGAGAACGUUCAUGCCUCCAGGGAGCCGGGUUGGCUGGAAGGUACUCUGGAUGGUCGAACAGGACUGAUACCAGAAAACUAUGUGGAGUUUUUAUAGUCCAGGGCUGGGGGGAAAAAAGACCUGAACUGGACAAUACUGAACUAGAGAUGAUCAAACUGGACUUAGAUUAAAUAGAUUUGACCGCACAAGACUGAACAGACUUUGUUAGAUCAUAUACUCCUACUGGACUGGACUUGUUGAUGAGGCCACUCGACUCGUCUCAACUAGAACUGAAACUGGACCAAGCAGAACCAUAUGAAACAGAUAUGAUGCAGAAACAAAGCAGAGCAGACUGGGAAGAGGCCCAUGAAUUGCACUGGAAAAAAGGAAAAAAAAGUUUCAAAUCCCUGUGUGGUUCCGGCUGUUAUUGGAUUCGUGUGGAUGGCUUCCCAAGUCCUGUUGAAGAUGAUGUGGUAAUGAACCUGGAAUGUGUGUGUGUGUGUGUGUGUGUGAGAGAGAGAAAUGUGUGUGAGUGUGUGUUGGGGGGGGCGGGGUCACCUGGGUAGAUGAGUUGAUAUUUCUGAGCUGUGAGGCUUGUGAUUUUUCAACCCUUUGUUAUUUUGAGCUGCACUGCCCCACUGAUUCAGCAUCUCCUUCAGCUAGAAAUAAAAAGUGUCUGUAGAGAUGGUGGAGAUGAUGACACUGAACACAAAAAAGCAAGCGGCCUCCUACUUUGGACUUGCGAGUUCACCUUCUCUGUGUGGUAUUUGCAUGAUUGCUAAUCCCAUUGGAGGAGUGGAGCUUUUAGAACAGAUUUAAAUGAUUGGGUUUGGCUGAAUGGCUCCCAAAAUGUGUUUUUUAACACUUUCUGUGGCAGUCCAGUAAUUCCCCAGGACAAGACUCAACCUGGCUAAUGUUUCAGAGCUCCACUUCAGCGGCCGGAGCCCCAGGGCAGAUCAGCACAGGGUGAGGUUACCGGGAAAACAGUUCUCCAAAGGUCAGCUUUGGCUUUCUCCUUUUUUAUAAUGCCUCUCCCUGCAGAGCCCUCACAAAAAAUGUGAAAUUUUUUAAAACAACUCCACAAGCUGAUCAGUGGCUUACAGUGCAGCAUAGGAGGAACAGCUGAUUCCUGCUGGUUCAAGCAAGCCGAGCUGUGAGGCCUCACUCUGCUUGCCCAGCUCAGACAUUUUUUAAUUGUUGGAAAUAACUGGAUCCUGUACCGUAUAUAGUGUCAAGUCACUCAAGCACUAUUUCAGUCCAUUUGGGGAAUUUUCAUCAAACAGAAUGUUUUGAUUUUCCCCAUCACAGUGUACUGGUGUUUCAACCUCAUUUCAGAAAUACAUACAUAUGAUUGAGCUUAUAUAUAUAUUUUAAGUGUGGGUAUUUUAUUUUAUCAUAUGGAUUCAAUCUGUUUCUUUAUUGUAGAUGCUCUCCUCUUCAGCCGCAUGUUGUAAGCAAACAACUUUAGUCAUUUGGAAGUCAAAAUAUGACAUGGUUAUACUGUGUAUGUUAACAUGCACCAUAAGGAUCCUUUUUCUGUUUUUAUGUAGAAUAACAAAAACAGUGAUAAUAAUGUAAUUGUCUGAAAUGGACAUUUACAUUUGAGACAGAUACUCAUUCAUGAGAAAAUGAAAUUAAGAUGUUUUUCAGAGAAGCUCAGACAUGAAGAAAAGAGAAGUCAUUAAUUUUUCAGAAUUGUUCAGAUACACAUGUGAAAGCUGGUCUGCUCUGGGGCUCCAAUGAAUGUCCUUGUUUCAUUAAUCAAAGCUGAAUUUUUUCCUUGAACCACUUGGUGAAGUCUGUAUCAACCGUUUUUCUUUUAGGACAGAAUAUUGAGAGAAUAUUAUAGCAUUUUAACAUGAAAAUCAAAUGGAAGAGUAAAAAAAAAAUGUGAAACAAGACUACUUUGUUCAUAUCUAAACUUCUUAUUUAUGAGACUUUCUUAAAGGCGCAAUCCUUCUUUUUGAAGUGUUUUAUUGACAUUGUAAAUAAAUACACAACAUUUGAUAAGGUAAACAUUUUUUAAGUAUGAAAUUUUAUAUUUUGUAUUUUUAGCAUACUAACUUAAUUCCUUCUUUGUUGCCCAGAUUUUUGUAUCAUUUAAGUCUAUCUACAGCCUUAAAUAUUCCUUCAGAUGUUUUGGUGAUUUGACAAGCAUGUGCAGAAUUAAAGAUAAAUGUUGAACAACUGCA